AUGUUUAAUAAAUCUGUGUAAUCAAAUAGAAACCUAUUAUAACUUCAUAGAAUAAUAAUGAACAAAUAAUCAUAGAAGGAGGAGAUUGACUAUGUUAGUAGAAAGAAUUCAUUAAAAUAUCCAAUAAAAGAGUAAAUAAACUUUCAAAAGAGCAAUAACUACUUUAACGCAAGGAAUUCAAUGGAUAGUCUAGAAUAGGUUUUUAGAGUGGAAACUAAUAAAAAGUUCAAAAGCCCAGUAGUUGUGCUACCAAAUAGAAAGCUUUUUGUUUCUUACAAAAAUAGUAGAAGAAAUUAUUAAUCAUCAAGUUAAGAACCUGGUCCAUCAAUACCAGGGGUUAAGAAAGCACAUGAUUAGGGAUAUCNCUAUACUAUAUAUCUAAAAUAAAAUAAAUUUACAAAUAUGAAUUAAUUUAUAAUAUAUUUAAAUCCAAUCCAUUAUGAUUAAAUGCAAAAGAUGAAAGUCAUUUAUAUUGAUUAAUUUAUUUAUCUCUUUGGAAUCUUUCAUAUAUUCUAAUCAGAAUUAAUAUUAAAUUAUAAUUCUUAAUUCUAUGAAUUUCUAAUAUAUAAACUAAUAACAUUAUUAUUUAAUCUAUUAAAUAAGCAAUACAAGGUAAUCUAUAGAUUUAUAUGA